AUGACUGCCAUCUCACUUGGGGUGGACCCUCUGACCGUCCUGCCCCCGGAGAUUGUCCUGCAAAUCUUGCAUUUCACACCCAUCUCCGGCCUUGCAUCCCUGACCGCUACCUCAAAGGCUUGGCAUCAAUUUAUCGACGUCACCCACCAAGAAGCUAUUUACACCUCCGAAGCCAAAACCACCCAGCCACUUGGAGGUAGCCGGGAUUUCUCCUUCCUCUCCGAUGCCCAUAGUUUUGCCAAAGUAUUCGAGGGCACAAAAUCAUGGAAAGACCUGUGCAAACGCCAGACACGGCUGGCACGCAAUUGGGCCAAGACGGAUCCAGUCAGCCAGGAAUCGGUGCUACAAAUCGGCAACGGUGCUGUUUGGCGAUUCCGUGCUGACUUCAAACGCCGCUUUUUUGUUUCCACCUCCCAUGCUGGCGGAUUGAACGUCACUGAUAUGGAUACGGGCCGUAUCCUCUGGCAACUGCCUUCGGCGGAGGACACCGACGGAGAUGGGGUUCGCCAACACGCACACUUGGAGUAUCAGGAUGGAAUGGCCGUGUUUGAUAGUGAAGGAGAUUCGCUCGAGGUUUGGCAGACAGACCAAGAAGGCACAAAGCGUGGAGAGUUCCGGCGCAUCGCUAUCUUGAACCAUGAUUGUCAGACGAGAGGAUUCCAAUUGUCCUACUGGACUCUCUGUGUUGUCUCGAAUGAGGGUCAAGGCUUUGUGUACGAUAUGACAACACGACCCCCCACGUUGACCACACGUUUAAAGAUUGAGGGAGGUGGCAUCGGUCAUCUAGACCAAAGCGAAGACAUUGUGAUUUAUUCUAUGGGAGCAAAAGGCUAUUUUGCCUACAAUAAGGCGUCUGGUGCAUUUCUAGGCACAUUGAAGCCAUCGAAGUUGACGGAAAAAUAUCACAUUCUUCCUCCCCGAGCUGAUGCAGCACUAUCAGGUGCUGCACUUGGCCCAACACCUCAACCCCUCUUACCUGGGACUUUCCGAAAAGGUCGUUUGACGCCAAUUGAGGUUGGCAAAGGCCCACUGCCACCACCAGAUGACCCAAAUCACGUCCGGUAUGGGGAGGAUGAAUGGGGAGCGGGAAUGUUGCACGGCGAUCUUUUCGUGGGCUUCUCUCGCGCUGGCCGUGUUUUUAUAUGCCCUGAUUUCCGAAAGGCUCUCCACGACGAAGCUAGUCUCGUGGCAAACAGCUCAAUCUUAGAAUGCGAAUCAGAUGGCGCAGGCUUUGACCUUGGUGGCUGGUUAUCGAUCCGCAAUCACCGCGUGAUGUUUGAAAUUCAGGAUCGGAUCUAUAUCGUCGCCCUUGAUGAUAACGACAGGAUUCAAAACUUGCAUAAUCCUGCCCGUGCUUCAUAUUCGAUCCUCACCAGCUAUGCACCGCAGCUUGCUGUGCCGAUCAGUUACAUGGCGUUGGCUGACGAUGCUAUUAUGACUACUUACACCACCCUUGGAUGGCGUGAACCCAACGUUCCAGGUGGCGCACCCCCACCACCCGGCAGAGAUCUUCCUCGCCUCUUUCCCACCAAAGUUAUCCGCAUACUUAGCCUGGACCCUAACCUCCCCAAUGACACGGAUGAGCUUUCAACCUUGAAGGGGGUCCUUGGUGGCCCCGGUCUAAAUUUGGCAUCCGAAGACGCCUCACGCACACAGGUAGGGUUGUUACAGCUGCUUAGUAUGCUUCGGGAAGAAGCGGAUUCCGAACAGAGCGGUAGUGAAGAUGAAUGGGAGAGUAUGGAAGAGGACGAGGAUGAGGAUGAUGAGGAGAACUAG